AUGAAGGUCCUUAUCUCAGGCGGCGGCAUCGCUGGUCCCUGUCUCGCAUACUGGCUCGCCAGAACACGACUUGAUAUAGUCACCACCAUUGUUGAGCGUUCACCUUUCCCAAGGCUCACUGGCCAAUCAGUUGAUGUUCGUGGGACAGCAGUCGAUAUCGUCAGGAAAAUGGGGCUCGAAGAAGCUGUUCGUGCCCGCCACACGACCGAAGAGGGCACAAUCAUGAUCAAACGUUCUGGCAAGGGGACCUUCGCGCAUUUCAAAGCCGGCGAUGUGUUUACGGCUGACUACGAAAUUCUGAGGGCAGACUUGUCACAGCUGUUCCUCGAAGCCACCCAGAGUUUGACUAAUGUCCGAUACAUGUACGGUGACUCUAUCAUAUCUCUCGAGCAGACCGAAAAGGACGUCAACAUUACCUUUGCGAGCGGAUCCAAGGACACUUUCGAUUUAGUAGUUGCCGCGGAUGGGUCUACCUCGGCUACCAGACCAAUGAUCCUCGACGAGCAAUCUCUCAAAGGAUGCUACAACUUCCUGGGUCAGUACAUCGCAUUCUACAGCAUUCCCAAGCAGAAGGACGACCCAAAGUUGUGGCAGAUCUACAAUCCCGCACGAGGUCUCUGUAUAAUGAUACGCCCUCAUAAGAACACCUCCACCAUGGGUGUAUACCUAUGCGUCACGACACCAUCCCAUUCUCAACGCGAUCCAGCAAUCGAAGAAGCCAUGAAGGAGGGGCCAGAAGCUACGAAAAAGAAGUUGUGGGAGUAUUUCAAAGAUCUUGGCUGGCAGGCAAAGCGGGUGUUGGAAGGGAUGAAUUCCGCAGAAGACUUCUACUUCACCCGCGCCGCCCAGGUGAAACUUCCAAAGUGGACGAAUCAGCGCGGCGUUGUGAUGGGUGAUGCGGCGUUUGCAACUUUUGGAGUUGGUACAACUCUCGCUAUCUCGAGUGCCUACACUCUCGCAGGAGAAUUAUCGAAGAUCAAGAACAACGACGAUGUACCACAUGCGCUGGAGAAAUAUGAGCAGGUGUUCCGCACGCUGUAUGCAAAGAUGGAGGACCUUCCACCCGGAUACCCGCAAAUUGUGUUCCCGCAGAGUGCGUGGGCUAUCCGCUUGCGAGACUUCCUCAUCUGGGUCGUCAGUGCGACGAAGGCAUACAAACUUAUUCCCGGCGAAGGUGGAGUUGAUUUUGCGCUUCCACCGUACGAAUGGGGGGAAAUUCCUGAACGGAAAUGA